AUGAAGACUGUGAUCUUCCUCCUCUAUUUCACGGGGUCAGCAGUUGCCAUCCCGACCUAUUCUUUAAUGUACAAACUUGGAAUCCGAGGACGAAAAAAUGCAGAAAAGCCAAAUUUCAGAUUCCUGCAAGACAAUUCCCACCCAACGGUUGUCCCCCAAGUACAACAUACCGAGAAGACAUUGACAGAGAAGCAGACUUCCAAACCAUGGGACGACAUACAACUUCCAAAAAGAGAUGUCAAUUUUUCAGAAGGCCAGUUGAAGCUCAACCAUAGCCAACCACAGGAACACAAUACUUCCUUGGGAGAUCUCAAGAUGGAAAAUGCUGACUCUGCAGAUCAUCGAAACCGUCAAGAGGAGUCACUCAAGGCAUUGAGGGAUGAUGAGCUGCAAGAAAUCAAUUCUGAAGAAGUCAAUUCUGUUACCGGUUCAAAAAUAAAUAGCAAGGAUCACUCAAGAAACAGAAGUCGAGCAAGUAGUAACAUUUUGAUUCAGCAAAGUGGUCCAGUUGGGGCACCCAACAGCAUGGAAACAGAUAUUGGAGGUAAUGUUAACCCACACCGCUCUAACCAUGGGCACUAUCAGGUUAAGCGAAGAGAUAUCAUUGGCUAUUACCAAGACAGCCAGGAGGAUCCAGACAUGGCAUUGCAUAAGGGAUGGGAGGAAGAUGGGUGGAAAUACAACAAAAAUGCCAUUGAGAUGUUUGCAAGAAGUAAAAUGGUGGAACAGAUUGUGAUGGAGGAGGAAACAGAAGAGGAAGAGGAGGGGGAAGAGGGAGAAGAAUGGGGUGGAAUGAACUACCGAGACAGAACACAAAUAGCCCGGCUGAAUAUUCCAGAAGAUCUCCGAAGUAGUGAUCACGAGGAAAACAAACAAUCUGGUGACACUCUAAAGCACGCCAUUCACCCCUUUCAUCUAACCACAAGGCAGGAGAAAGAUACUGAACAAAUAGAAGGCAAUGAAAAACACACUCCAGCAGAACUCCUUAAAGGGGGGCAGUUGAAUAAUUCAAGAGUGAUAAAUGAAAAUAAUCCAGAUGCUGAAAGGCUGAGAGGAGGUGAUGAAGGUAGUUUCCAGAAUUCUAGUGAUCACAAGGGACAAGUGGCAAGGGAAUACUCCCAGAAGGUCAUCGGAGCUGGUAGUCAAAUUCACAGGCAGGAUGGGUCUAGAAGUUAUUUUCAGGUGGGCAGUGAGGACCAUGACGACUCCUACAGACGUCGGCAAGAAGCGAUGUACCAAGAGGGGGAAAGAAUACAAAGUAAUGGACAAGGAAGUAUUAACCAGGAGGAGGAACAAGGAGAGAUGAAAAGAGGUGGAACCAUUGCCCCAAGUGGAACUGGGGCCCCCAAAACCAGCAUUAAAGGGCUGAUUGAGCCUGAUUAUAAUAAUGAAGAUGUGCUGGAUGGUUCUGACAACAGAGAGCACAACAAAUCAACAACCCUGAAGCACAACAUUGGGAAGACGGCUGACUUAGAAAACAGUAUCAAAACUACAAGCAAGCCCUACAGUGAUGGAAAGCCAAAUGAAGGAAGUACAAAAGCUCCCAUUCCCGAUCCUUGUAGAGAUUUCUAUUGUAAGACUGGGAAGGUCUGCCGAGCAGAUGAAGAAGGAAAACUCAGCUGUGUUUGCCAGGAUCCUGACACUUGUCCUUCCACAAAAAAAUAUGUUUGUGGUACAGAUAAUAAGACGUAUGAGGACACCUGUCAACUGUUCGGCACAAAGUGUAAUCUCGAAGGGACGAAAGUGGGGCACCAGCUGCACCUGGAUUAUGUGGGAGCCUGCAAAUACAUCCCACCUUGUACUGAUCAUGAAGUGGAACAGUUUCCUGUCCGGAUGAGAGAUUGGCUCAAGAACGCCCUCAUGCAGUUCUAUAAACAGGAUUUGGACAAAGGUGGAUUUCUCACAGACAAGCAGAGGAACAAAGUGAAAAAAAUUUACUUGGAUGAAAAGCGGCUGCUGGCUGGUGAUCAUCCCAUUGAAAUUCUGCUGCGUGACUUUAAGAAAAACUACCGCACAUACACCUAUCCCGUGCAUUGGCACUUUAACCGGCUGGAUCAGCAUCCCAUGGACAGGAAGUUAACACACUCUGAGCUUGCUCCUUUACGUGCCCCUCUUGUUCCCAUGGAGCACUGUGUAACUCGCUUCUUCCACGGGUGUGACAGCGACAAAGACAAGCAUAUCUCUCUGCAGGAGUGGUGCCGUUGCUUUGGGAUUAAAGAAGAAGACAUCGAUGAGAAUCUUCUGUUCUGA